AUGAGAGCCAAUUGUUCCAGCAGCUCAGCCUGCCCUGCCAACAGUUCAGAGGAGGAGCUGCCAGUGGGACUGGAGGUGCAUGGAAACCUGGAGCUCGUUUUCACAGUGGUGUCCACUGUGAUGAUGGGGCUGCUUAUGUUCUCUUUGGGAUGCUCCGUGGAGAUCCGGAAGCUGUGGUCGCACAUCAGGAGACCCUGGGGCAUUGCUGUGGGACUGCUCUGCCAGUUUGGGCUCAUGCCUUUCACAGCUUAUCUCCUGGCCAUCAGCUUUUCUCUGAAGCCAGUCCAAGCUAUUGCUGUUCUCCUCAUGGGCUGCUGCCCGGGGGGCACCAUCUCUAACAUUUUCACCUUCUGGGUUGAUGGAGAUAUGGAUCUCAGCAUCAGUAUGACAACCUGUUCCACCGUGGCCGCCCUGGGAAUGAUGCCACUCUGCAUUUAUCUCUACACCUGGUCCUGGAGUCUUCAGCAGAAUCUCACCGUUCCUUAUCAGAACAUAGGAAUUACCCUUGUGUGCCUGACUAUCCCUGUGGCCUUCGGUGUCUAUGUGAAUUACAGAUGGCCAAAACAAUCCAAAAUCAUUCUCAAGAUUGGGGCCAUUGUUGGUGGGGUCCUCCUUCUGGUGGUCGCAGUUGCUGGUGUGGUCCUGGCGAAAGGAUCUUGGAAUUCAGACAUCACCCUUCUGACCAUCAGUUUCAUCUUUCCUUUGAUUGGCCAUGUCACGGGUUUUCUGCUGGCACUUUUUACCCACCAGUCUUGGCAAAGGUGCAGGACGAUUUCCUUAGAAACUGGAGCUCAGAAUAUUCAGAUGUGCAUCACCAUGCUCCAGUUAUCUUUCACUGCUGAGCACUUGGUCCAGAUGUUGAGUUUCCCACUGGCCUAUGGACUCUUCCAGCUGAUAGAUGGAUUUCUUAUUGUUGCAGCAUAUCAGACAUACAAGAGGAGAUUGAAGAACAAACACGGAAAAAGGAACUCGGGUUGUACAGAAGUCUGCCACACGAGGAAACUGACUUCUUCCAAAGAGACUAAUGCCUUCUUGGAGGUGAAUGAAGAAGGUGCCGUCACUCCUGGGCCACCAGGGCCAAUGGAUUGCCACAGGGCUCUCGAGCCAGUUGGCCACAUCACUUCAUGUGAAUAG